AGUCGAUAUUGGCUGACCAUGUCACUCUGACACUUUGACAGCAGCAUCUUGUCGCAACUUGAAGUUUCUCAUCCGAGGCUUCCAUUGACCUAACACGCUUGGUUGAAGCGACAAGUCUUUGCAGCCAAAGUCUCUCGGGCUUCGAAGCAACAUCCUUUGAUCUGCCUCGUGAACUCUAAAUCACCAUGGAGCCCAAGUCGUGGUUCAAGGAUCUUACGCCUUACUUCAUCUACAUCCUCCUCGUGUCGACCAUUGGCCCUCUGCUGUUUGGCUUUCACCUUUCAGAGCUCAAUGCGCCCCAAUCGAUUAUAACAUGUGAGAAGAAGUCCAUCUCGUCCACACUCGCCCCGAGUCUGCCGCAAUGCAUCCCCAUGGACUCGACCCAGUUUGGUCUGGUCUCAUCCAUCUUCACCCUGGGAGGCCUUCUCGGCGCCCUUGUAGCUGGGCCUGUCUCGGCUCGCUACGGUCGCUAUAGAUCCAUGCUCUUCAGCACCGUCCCGUUCAUCAUCGGUCCUGUCUUCGAAGUCUUCGCUACCAACAUCCCCAUCUUCACCGUCGGCCGACUCAUCAGUGGUCUUGGUGCCGGUGCUUCGGUCGUAAUCGCUCCCAUCUUCAUUUCCGAAGUCGCUCCCCCGAAGGAGAAGGGCUUCUUCGGCGCCUUUACACAAAUCAUGAUCAACAUGGGCAUCUUCAUUGCCCAACUGCUUGGUCUCUUCUUGAGCAAAGGCUCCCUGUGGCGCAUUAUACUCGCUGUUGGUGGCGCUAUUGGCAUCCUUCAAGCUAUUGGUCUCUUCCUCGGCGGUCAAGAGAGCCCCAAGUGGCUUGCCGACCAUGGCAAGGAAAGACAAGCGAAACGCAUCCUGCGCAAGCUGAGAGGCCAUGCAGCCAACAUUGAAGAGGAGGUCAAGGGCUGGGGUGUUGAGAGCGAACAAGACAUGGAAGACGAAGAAGACAGCCUCCUUUCGAACCAAGAUCGCAUGCCCUCGGGCGGUCUCGAACAGAGCGGUCCAUCGUCUGAUGCAUCCGCGGGCAAGAAGACAAAAGAGGCUGUCGAGGCUCUUGGUGCUCUUGCUGUGCUCAAGAACCCCGAUUCUCGCCCUGCUGUCAUUGCCGUAGUUGUUGUCAUGGUUGGUCAACAACUCUGCGGUAUCAACUCCAUUGUCAUGUACGGUGUCUCCUUAUUGUCGGACUUGCUCUCCGCAAAUGCUGCUCUUCUCAACGUCCUGGUCGCAGUUCUGAAUAUUGUUGUAACCACAUCCUGUGCUCCUCUUACCGACAAGCUUGGUCGCAAAGUCUGCCUUCUUGCAAGUAUUUUCGGCAUGGGCGUUUCGUCCUUGCUUUUGGGUAUUGGCAUCAUGAAGCACUUGCCCAUCCUGUCGGCCAUCACCGUCUUGACAUUCGUGGCUUCGUUUGGCUUGGGCUUGGGACCCGUACCCUUCAUCCUUUCUUCUGAACUUGUCGGUCCUGGCGCUGUAGGAGCAACCCAAAGUUGGGCACUGGCAGCCAAUUGGAUUGCUACGUUCGUCGUCGCGCAGUUCUUCCCUAUUGUCAACGAGAAGCUUGGUGGAGGCAAGGUCUACUUUAUUUUCGCCGCUUUCGCUGCCCUGUUAUCAGCCUUCGUCUUCUGGGCUGUACCAGAGACGAAAGAUAAGGCUGACGCCGACGAGGUCUGGGGUCGCAAGGCUGGAAGAGCUGUCGACUGAGUAGAAAAUAAUUCGUGCAUCUUCAAGAGUCUUAUGGUAUGAACACAGACGCCCCAAAGGUACAGAACCAGUGGGCUCCUUCCCUUGAAAUAUCUCCAGAACAUUGCGAACAAGUUGUAAUUUCAAAGUAACCAUGAAAACGUCAUCAUACCCA